AUGGCUGACCAAACUUCGUGGACGAGCGCCAUUGUCGCCCUCGAAGGCGCCCCCAAGUUUGUCACCACGCAGCUGCGGCUGCUCCCGUCAACGCCCCAGAUCCUCAUCCUGCCCGCCCUGUCCACCUACAUCACCACCACGCUCCCGUCCUUUCUCGACGUCUACGAUCCCGUCCAGCACCUGCGCCAGGUCAAUGCCGCCAUGAAGCGGCGUCACCGCGACGCCCAAGCCUUUCUCCGCCACAGCGCAGCCGACGGCCCGCGGCUGGUCUUCAUGGACGGCGGUGCCGCGAGCGCCCGCGCCCUCUGUCUCGGCGCCCUGAUGCAGCACGAGACGGCCGGUGACCGCGCUGCCGCGGAAGCGCUGCUGGGCCGGCUCACCCGUCGCGGCCUGGGGGGCCUGGCCCAGGCCGGCCACGAGCAGCGCGCCCACUCGGCACCCAUGGUCUAUUCCGUCCGCCACCUGCACGACGUGGACGAGUCGUCGGACCCUGGCACGCGGGCGAUGCGUGCGGCCGACGCCCUGGACCGCCAGACGGCCAGUCUGCAAGUCUCCAACGAGCUGGAUCUCACCACACGCCACCACAGCCUGUCGCGCGCAGCGAGCCUGCCGGUGCUGAGCGCCGCCGCAGCUGGUCUGGACACGCCGGGCACAAGUGCCGAGCCCUUCUUCGUCUUUGGCCACUCGUCGUCGUCGUCGCUGUAUGACUGCACGCCCACCACCGAGCGGCCGCGGCCCCCUGCUGCCCAGUCGCCGGCGCUGGCCCCGCCGCGCUUUUCCGUCGUGCAUUAUGACCAGCACGCCGAGUUGCCGUCCGUGUUUGGCUUUGAUGACUUCCCCGCCGCCAGCAGCUGGUCCUCUGCUGAAGACGGUGAAAUCACGCCCCGGUUACGAGACAGCACCAUUACCACCACCACCACCACCACCAACACCAACACCAGUGCGGCAGUCCAUCGUCGCUUUGCCAGCAACCCCAUCUCGCCCAUGUCCGACGCGUUUAGCAUGCGCUCUUCCGUCGGCAACGUGGAAUACGGCCGGGCCUCGCUUCUGCACAUGCGCAGAACCACGUCUGUGCGCGGCGCCGGUGGUGAUGGGUUCUUGGGCGCCGUUGGCGUCAAAGCGGCCAUAGUGGGCACCACGCAUGAUACCACGCCCAAGCUCCUCAGCCGGCACGCUACCGCUGAAACAAGGCGGCCUGAAUAUAAUAACGCCCUGGCCGCCACCCGCCAGCAGUUUGUUGUUGGCCAGAGCAUGGCGCCCGUACUCAAAGAAACAUUGUUGUCGUCGUCGUCGACUGGCGGUGGCAGCAUGACGUAUCCCCUCACGCGCGUGCCGUCGACCACGACACGGCCCAGGACCAUUUCCGUCAAGCGCACACGGCCCGUCAUCAAGCUGCAGCCUGUCCCGAGCACAAAGAAGCGUCGAUGGCAGCAGGGAAAGUCGACGUAUAUUGACGACGAGGCCGACGUCGUACCAGCCGCCCCUACGCCACCGCCCGAGGACGACGCUGACUAUGAGCCCGUCUUCCCUCGCAUGGAGGACCUCGUCUUGUUUCUUCGCUCUGAACUCACACCCCAGCCUGUCCUCGAAUCCGCCCUCAACGCCAUGCGCGAAGAGUACAUGCGCAAGUCGGUCACCUGCUGUUCCUCCGCCAGCUCCUCCUCCUCAUCCUCCUCCACGCCCAGCUCCAAAGCUCGUAGCAGCGGCUCCUUCAAGUCGCUGACCGACGACGGCACCGCAGGACUCACAUCCCCCGAGGAGUCGUGCACCGAGCUUGAUGAUGACCAGGUAACGACACCCAGGACGGCUGUGAAAAUGACUGAGGCCAUGCCCAGCAUGGACGACUACGACCCCUUUGCCUACAUUAACCCCGCGUACGGCGCCUCCACCCACUCCAGCAAGCCGUCGCAGGCGAGCGUCGCCGUCGUGCACCCGCCCACGCCGGCGCAGACGCCGCCGCCCGAAGAGCUUGUCGAAGCUGACUCGACCGAAGUCGCUUCCAUGGCCGCGGAGUCGCAGCCAGCGGACACGGAGAAGGAGGUGAUUGAGGAACUCGACUGCAGCAUCCAGGAAGUCGUCGUUGAGCCCAAGCAACCGCCAGUUGAGGUGCAAAACUCGAUCCGCGACGUCCUCUACCGCCGCUACCCCGUCGCGGCCAAGGGCUACGUGUCUUCAUUUCAGUUCCCGGCGCCGCCGACUGCCAACGACGACGGCCUGUGGCGGCCGCUCUUUCGCAGCCGCAAGACGAGCAGCCUACCUGCCGUUGGCGUCGACGGGCACCUGCUGCCGCCGACGCAGCUCAAGCAGAUUCUGGCCGUGGGUCUGCAAAACGGCAUCAAGCGCGAGUACGCCGCGCGUGUCAUCAGCCAGAUUGAGCGGUUCGGCACAGAACCGACCGGUGCAGCGCGCUGCACGCGCUUAGAUUUCCGCUAUCUGCUCGCCAACACCAUGCAGUCCUUUACGUCGCAGCCCCUCCGCUCCCAAAUGGCCGAGAACCCGUUUGGCAGCCCGCAGCUCCUCGCCGCCCGUCUCCUGCCGCACCUCGAGACGUACCUGGCCAUGCACGCUGACAUUCGCUUCCUCAUCCUCGAGUACCCGCCCGAGCACCUGGCCACCAUUAUUGCUCUGCAAAAGCUCGCCAGCGUGAACCUCAUCAAGAUUGCGCAAAUCGUCGAUGCCCGCAGCAAGGAGCGCCUGCCGUUUCGCCAGGUCCGCGCCGGCUCCGUCAGCAGCGGCAGCGGUAACUCGGCCAACUCGGGCGGCUCGUCUAUCUACUCGCGGCGCACCACCUCGCUCACCAGCAACAGUCUCUCGGUCGAAGCGUCGGAUGCGAACCGCGCCAAGGCCAACUUUUUACUGACUUCGUCGGCGUCAGGCAAGGAUAUUGCCGACUUUGUAGCAGCGGUGUGGAAUGUGCCUGUGCCGGACCGUCCGCAGACGGCACCAGAAGCUGCUCUUCCUCCAGCUGCCAGCGCGCCCCCGUCUCUGGCUGCUUCCGACGACGAUGAGCGGCUGCCGCUAGAAUCAUUCCCGCUGGAACUACCAGCGACGUCUUCGCCGCCUACGCCAGAAACAUCGCCCGUGCAGCGCAAAGCCAAGCCCCCACCGCUGCGCGUGAGCGCCCUGUCAGCGUUCCCCAAGCCGACGGGCCCGCAGAGCCCGCUGACGUCCUCGGCCAACAUGCUGUCCGUGCUCGCUCCACCAUCGACCAUGACGCCACCCACAUCCAGCAAGCAGGAAUACCACUCUUCAUCACGCACGCCCAGCCCCGAACAGCAGCAGCAGCAGCAUGUGGUUGCUCGUGUGAGCGCUGUCGGGACCAGCACGCUGCACCUCCGUCGGCAGCUGAGCAACAGCACCAUGCGCACCACCAAUAGCGGCAUGUCGGCCGUCUCGCGCGCCUCUACGCCGCACAUUGCCUCUAUGCGCAAAAACGCACCCCCGGCGCCCAGCACGCCCAGCCGGCUGUACAAUCCCUCCAUCCCGCCGUCGCCCUCCAUUCACCAGCAGCAGCCACAGCAGCAGCAGCACCAGCACCAGCAGCACCAGCAGCAGCAGUACUACCACCACCACCACCACCACCACCUGUCGCAGCUGGCACCGCCGCCGCGGUUCCUCGACUCUCUCUCGUCAUCCAUGGCCGGCUCCACGCUGCUCGACGACGGCGCCUCGUCCAUCAUGACGUUUGACCCGGCCGAGGACAGCGACUACGACCAGGAGGAGAGGAGGCUGAUGCCCUUUUUCGGGAAAAAGAGACGGCGCGUCAAGCCAGGCACGCAAAAGGCGCUCCGGGUCCUGGGCAUGAUGGCAUGA